AUGUCUUACAAAAUCACCUAUGACAAAUCCCUUGCGCCGCCCCGCGCGGCCGCUCUCGUCGCUUUCAUGGAAGACUUCUACCGCACCAGUGACAACGAGUCUUUGCACGAGGAAUACGUCAAUAGCUUCACCAGCAAUGCAACAUUGAUCAUGGGGCCAAAGGAGGCCAAGGGUUCGAGCGAGAUUCUUCCUUUGCGCCAUGGUCUCUGGACUCAUGUCGUUUCUCGGAAACACACACCCACGCACAUCUUCUUUGGCGGCGAGAACGAGAUCAUGCUUUAUGGUGGUGUUGUUUAUCGACUUAGGGCUAACCCGGACGCUGAUUCAUAUGUCCCUUGGGCUGGGAGAGUGGUGUUUGCGCCUGAAAAGGAGGGCGAGGGUCCUAAAAUGCAGUUCUAUCAAGUUUAUCUGGAUACGGCUGCUCAAUCCGGCAAGAAAUAG